AUGAUUAAAAUGGAGUCAGUGAGUCAUAGGGAGGAAGUAGCCAGUGAGAAAGAAGUAGGAGAUAAUGACAUGGAGGCCACAGAGGGAGAAGAGGAGAGUCUGGUUGGACUCAGCGUGGAGGAGGGAGCAACAGGAGAAGAAGAGAGUCUGGUUGGACUCAGUGUGGAGGAGGGAGCAACAGGAGAAGAAGAGAGUCUGGUUGGACUCAGUAAAGAAGAGUCUGGUUGGACUCAGUGUGGAGGAGGGAGCAACAGGAGAAGAAGAGAGUCUGGUUGGACUCAGUGUGGAGGGGGAGCAACAGGAGAAGAAGAGAGUCUGGUUGGACUCAGUGUGGAGGGGGGAGCAACAGGAGAAGAAGAGAGUCUGGUUGGACUCAGUGUGGAGGGGGGAGCAACAGGAGAAGAGGAGGAGGAAAUUAAACAUGACAGAGAGGAGGGGAGGGAAACAGAGGAAGAAGAGGGAAUGGGAGAACAUGAAGGCGAAAAAGAGCAAGGAGAAGAUCAGGAUGAAGGCAAUGAGGCAAGCCAGAGAGACAGAGAGGAAGGAGAGGAGGAGGAGGAAGAGGAAGAAGUCCAACCAGAGAGUGAGAGCGUUUCUAUAAGGGAGCACACUGCAGAGGACGAGGAAGACAGGGAGAGGGGAGAAGAGGAAGCAGAGGAGGCGCAGGACUCAGAAGGGCAGGUAGAGUGCGAGGAGGUGGAACGGAGUGAUAGAGGCUUGGAGGAAGAGAGCGAGAACGAAAGAGAGGAAUCACACACUUCUCAGAACGGAGAGAUAGAAGAGGAGGAUGUGGGAGUUGGGGAUGAAAGAGAUGAUAAUGAGGAGGGGUCAGAAGGUGAAGAAGAUGGUGGUGAGGAAGAGGAGCAGCGUUGUCAGGAUGCUGAGGAAGACUCAGCAGCAGGGCAACCUGAGGAUGAAGAGGAGAGAGACUCUGACGACAGCAUCAUCUCACCACCAGAACACAGGUCAUCCAAAGGCCUGGCAGAGGUAGCGGAAGAGGAGGAGGAAGAAGUGAUCGGUGAUAAUGGUGAAAAUGAUGAUGAUGAAGAUGACAAAGUGAAAGGGUAUUCAUGGUCUGUAGAUCCCUUUCCAGAUGAGGAUGAUGAUAUUGAAAGUCUUCUCGCUCCACAAGCAAAGUCUCAGGAAAAACAAGAGAAAGAAGAAAAGAAGAAGACAGUGGUCCUUGUCAAACCCAAAGCCAUAGAUGAAGACUUGGACAGUUUCUCUGAAGUAAAAGCACUUCACAAAAAGAAAGGGGCUAAUCAGGACACAGACUCAGAAGAGUUUGAUCACUUCUACGACUGACAAGCCAUGUGUUCCAGCUCACCUAAAACCUCAACAAGAUAUGAGUGACUGCAAUACUAAUGCCAGACUUCUAAAUAAACACUUGAACAUGAAAUCCA